AUGUCGGCGUGCGAAGCUCAGGACGAAGCGACCAAAGACUGUCAUCGCGCAUUCAUACAAAACUUAUUCGAUUCCGUUUUCAAGUUGCCCAUUCAGACGAUCCAGACCCUACCUCGUUGCAACAACAACUUCGUCCAUUUCGUGAAAUUUUCAACGCCUUUGAGUUCGGAUACGAGUUUGUCGGUGUGGCCCGGUACUAAUGCUAUUCCAAAAGGCACAAGCAAAGCGGUCUUUCGCGUUGGAAAUCCUGCUGCAAUGUUUAAUCAUGCUGUCAAGGUCGAGAACACGGUUGCCAUGAUGCAGCUCACACGCCAGGCCUUGUCGGCAUUCGAUAUUGUGCCAAAGGUCUAUGCCUGGAGUGGUGGAGGGGAGCCAUCGGAGACUGGUUGGAUCUUGGAGGAUUAUAUGCGUGAUGUCGAGAUCGAGUCCAGAUUCCAUACUGAGCUUGCUCGUGAAAGUCAACGGUACAUACUCAGCCAGAUGGCUACGAUCUUGAAGACUGUUCAGGACUUCCAGCUCCCUCCCAAAGCAGCCGGAUUCGGUGGUCUAGCCUUUGGUGACAAUGGUGAAGUUGUCAACGUAUCAUAUGUCGUCGAACCGUACAAUGGUCCCUAUCCAGACAUGAUCAGCAUGUACAAGAGCAUGUUACAGGCACAAAUUGCUGAGGCCGAUCGAUCUCCAGUGGUCAAAGGCUACAAACACAGUGAGAUUCGCAGCAGACUGGACAAAUUUGCUGAGAAAGGCCUUGCGGACGUACUGACCAGAAUCUUACCUCGCGAUGUUAGACCGAACCUGAUCAUCGGUGAUUUGUUGCGAACCUUCUUCGAUCCGGAUACGUUCCAGGUUACUGGCCUUGUCGACUAUGAUUGCAGUCAUACUGGUCAUCCCCUGCAUGAGUACUUCUUCUCAUCCUUCUCGCUCAGAUAUUGCGUCAUGUCGCUUGAACCAGAGAUCGCAUCAGCCAUUUUUCGACAAUAUCCAGCUCCGCUUCCCGAGUCUAAACCAAUCUCUGGAACAGAGAACAGAGACCAUGCUUCACCUCAGUGGGAGCUCAUGGAACUGUUCGAGAAAGAAUUGGUCAAGGCUGGAGCCGCCAGACCAAGCAACAUCCCUGGGGCGGAAGAAAUCACUAAGGUAUAUGAGUUUAUGGCAGAGGUCUGCCCGUGGCAUUUUGUUAUGGAUCGAUGGAUCAAGAAGCAGACUGAAGAGAAGCUCCAAGCUUGCAAAAAGGAGCAAAUGGCAACACUCGAUAAAGCUUUGACAAACUGGGGCUUCUGA